AUGCUGACUUUGUGGAUGUGUCGAGGUUGCCAUGUCAUUGCUUCAGCACGAAAUCCCGAUGUGCUCAAGGAUUUGGCGGCCAUGGGCAUGAGCGCCGUCCAGCUGGAUGUCACCAACGGCGACAGCAUCAAGGCUUGCAAAGCCGAGGUUGCCAACAUCACCGGCGGCAAGCUUGAUAUUCUCGUCAACAAUGCCGGCCGGACUCACACCAUUCCGGCUCUAGACAUUGAGAUUGACGAUGUCCGGCAGACGUACGAGACCAACGUCUUUGGCCCCAUGUUCGCGAUCCAAGCCUUCGCCGAGCUCCUCAUCGCCGCGCGAGGCCUCGUCGUCAACAUCUCCUCCAUCAGCUCCAUCAGCCCUUACAUCUUCGGCUCCGUCUACGCCUCCACCAAGGGCGCCAUCAACAGCUAUUCGCGCGUGCUGCGCCUGGAGCUCAAGCCCUUCAACGUCCGCGUCAUGGUCGCCAUGGCCGGCACCGUGCGGUCCCAGAUCGCCAGCCACCCGCACCGCGCGCUGCCCAGCACGUCGCUCUACAUGCCCAUCAACGACUUUUUCCAGCGCCGCCUGGUCUUUAGCCAGAACAACGCGACGGUGCCGACGGAGGUGUUUGCGAGGAAGCUCGUGGCCGCUGCGCUCAGGGGCGAGGGUUAUCUCGGAGGGUUGGUUGGGGGUUCGCCGGAUUGGUUUUGGGCGGGGGGGUUUUCGACAAAGGUUUGGCUGCUUUCGAUGGUGCCGGCAUGGGUUUCUGAGUGGGCUAUGGGCGUCUUCUUCGGAAUUGCUGGCUUGAAGAGGACAAUCACUCAGGCACGUCUGAAGCAGAGUUAG